AUGACAAUGGAAACCGGUGAGUCAACACAACGGAUCAGGGUCAAGAUCGCCUGUGAAGAAUGUCGAAAGAACAAGCGAAAGUGUGAUGGCCAGAGGCCCACUUGCUUUCUGUGCACGAAGUCCGGGAGGGAGUGCCAAUAUGCCGCCGAAACCUCGAGAAAACGGCGGCACUACGACGGCGACUUGAUCCGCAACCUUGAGAAUCAGAUAAGGCUGUUAGAGUCGGCUCUACAGAGUCGAAGUGAAGGCAUUAGUGAGGUGCAGGGGGGGCUGCACGAGACCAUCUCGAUGUCCCAGUGUGAGCAGUCCGGCGCGGAAGCCCAACGAAUCGAAGAACGUGGAUCGGUGGACGGCCCGCCUGCAUUGUUGCUCAACACUACAUCGGUGGACUCCAGAUCCACUUCUGCCAUGGAAGAAUUAGCGUCCUUGAUGCUUGAAAUGGGCAUCGAGGAGAAGGGUGAGCCCUCGUUCACCAUUGCAGCUGGCAAGCGCAUGCCUCCUGAGACCGAGCACCGGGAACCGCCAUUGGAAGACGUGGUGAGCAAUCAUCCUGAACGACCGACCGAGCCACCCGUGCCACAAGUAAGUCAGCAGCUUCUCGAACACCUACUCGACUGUUUCAUCGGUCACUUCAACGGCUACCAUCAAUUUGUGGAUGCCAGAGACGUCGAGCGGUUGAAGCUGCAGGGCGUAGAUGCGGGCGCCGUCGACAGUCGCUUCCGAAACGCGGCGCUGCUUGCCGUGGCCGCUCGCUUCUCAGAUCGAGAUGAUGCGAAACAGAUAGGGGCGACUUAUUCUGUCCUCGCACAAAGCCUCCCAUUUCACUCCAUCAAACACCGCCCGAGUGAUUUAGUGGUCCAAGGAUUGGCCCUUCUGGCAUGGCAAGAAUUGGUGUUUGGCAUCCCCAGCAUGGCAUACAACUAUAUCUCCAUGGCCACAGGCCAUGUACUCUACCUUGGCCUGCAUGUGACGGGCUUGAUGAAGUCGACCGAGGCGAUGCAUGCCUGUAAUGGUCUUUACGCACGCCGAAUUAGAUCCUUUUGGGCGUACUUUUCUGUCGAUCGACUUCUGACAUCUAGAUUUGGGAUGAACUGUACGCUGCACUGGCAGAGGGUCCGACUCCCCCCUUUCAGAGAUGUUGUUGAUGGCAAGGAGACCUUGGAAGAAGCGGCACAUGAGUCGUUCUGCCAGUUGUGGCAUCUGUGGGAUUCAGGGAUGGACCAAGUUUAUGCCUUUGGCUGGAGUCAGCUCACAAGUGGUGAGAGAGAAGCCCUCGUCCUGCGCUCACACGAGUCCUUGACAGAGUUUCACUCCAAGGUUGACGAGCGCUUGAGAUUGCGCAAGGGGAACCUCCCUGACAGCGCUGUAUGGUUCCAGAUGGCCUAUAACACGGCCUUGCUUCUGAUUCACCGCCCGCUUCUCAACGAGCCGAGGGGUAGUUCAGCCGCUACCUUUGCCUUGAGGUCCACGACAGGAGCAGCUUCCACCAUCUCAAGGAUUAUCCGGUCUUAUCGUAGGAGUCGGAAAUUUGGUAGCUUGUCGCCACAGGUUAUUGACUAUAUCCUGAGUGCAGCAGUCAUCCAUCUGUUGAACGCGACCUCGGGGAAGACCGUGCUUGGUCGCCAAGCAGCAAGCGGUCUGCGUAGCUGUUCCGAUGCCCUGACUGAGAUCCACGAACGGUGGCCGGACAUUGCAGCCAAAGCAAUCCAGCAGAUACAAGAUUUGGCUCAUCGAUGGAAGGUUGUGUGGGCUCUGCCGGUCAGCCUUGCACAUCCGCUCGGCCUGCAAAGGAAUACCCCUGAAGUGGGCAGCCCUGGAGGAGUCAAUAACCGUACCCCAGUCCCGGCUCAACCGUCAGUCAUGAGUCCAAUAGAAGGACACUCUCAUCGUCCGAGUGCUUUAGCAGCACAUAUAGACAAGAUGUGGGAUCCCGAACAGGAUCAAUACCUCCUUCAUCACUUCCAAGGAGAAGCUGAUGAUCAAGAUUUCUGGGGGCCAGGGGAGAGCUACUGGGAGACCAUGGUGGAUGAGCACGAAAGGUCAACCCUCCUCAGUUGA